GUGGUUUAUUGCAGGCUUUUCAUUGGGGACCUGGCGGGACCUGAUAUGAUUUACCUGCUGGAGUUCUUCAGAGUUCAGCUUGCUGUGUCCGUUUUGGUUGGGCUCGUAUUUGUUCCCAAGGUGAGGAUCUUAGUGAGGAGAAGCUAAAACAUGUUCUUUAAACCUUUUGACUCCUAAGAGUAACCAGUAUCUAACUUCUCCUGACAAUAUCACUGCUAAAUCACAGCUGAAGGUCACUAAGAAUAACGAAAAUGAUCACCAAUAAAGAAGCUCCUGAUUGUCAAACAACUUCUCCUAUAGGCACUUAAAGAAAUGUAUAGAGAAGAGAAUAGAGAAUAUGCAUACUGAUGUUAGGGUUAAAAGGGAUAAAGAAAUUGCUUGGGCGCUUUUCGUUUGAUUGUUGUUGUUUUUUCUUUCGAAGAGGACUAAGUGAUGUAGGAGCAGAGCGAGGACACAAUGGUGGCAGUGGCAAAGAUAGGAUAAAAUUAAACAGCUCUGCCUCCUCCUCUAACCUACUUUGUUUGGUCGGGAACCUGCCUACUGGCCUAGGCCUCUUUCCCAGGGGGGAAGGGACUCACCAGACUUCUGCUCUUUGUGAUCGUUUGCCAGAGUCACUCGGGGUAGAGAUUCGAGAACCGCUUGUAAAGGAGAUACUACGGGAAUGAUAAGGAGAUCCAGUAUCGGUUUUCUUAGUUUUUUCUUUUUUCCCCUUCCUUUUUUUAAAUUUUUAUAAAAUUUCUUUUCGGCAUUACUUUUUUUUUCUCUUAUUUUGGUAGGGGGGAGGGGGGAGGCUAGGUGGUGGGAGGGUAGGAAGGGCUUCAAUGGCUCGCUCCUUUCCAACGAGAGCUUCAGGUUCGAGCCUUAGCUGGCUCACUUAUUCUCUUGUGUUUCCUUGAAAAGCAAUCCAUUCUUACGAGACCUAUCUCCAUGCGCGAUUAUAAAGUAGAACUGCCAGAAUACCCGGCGAAAUAGUGAUAUUUGCUCUUUCAUUUACUUGUGGUGUUUACCUUUAUUUACCAGGCAUCCUGUCCAGAAGGAGUAAGAUUACCCCUUCUCGCUUCGUGCAUUAAAAACCGGAAUAGGUUUCGGGCUGAAUAGAUCACCAUGCUCUCUCUUAUGUGAUAUCUACACAAGUUUUUGUACAUACUUUUACAUAAUUUAAUGCUGUCUUGCAGAUUAUUCGUGUGAUUAAGGGACGCGGAGACGUAUUUGAUACUAGUGGUAGGAUUGCGUCUAUAAAAGGGGCUGCCCUCAAUAUGGCAACUGGACAGUCCUCUGAAGGGACGGUGAACUUGAGCCAAGAAAAUGAAGAUCUUAAGGUAAGUGUUUAUUUAAGUCAUCUUUCCAAAUUAUUGUGAGCUCACAAGGUAUAAAUAGAAGUAAAAACCAUUUCCAUGGUCUAUUCCACACCCCCCCUCCAAGUAUCAUGAACAGCAUCGCUAAAAUGACUGAUAAAAAGUUUCCAGUCUAUUAACCUUCCACAGGGAUGCAAAGGUGAUGGGAAAUCUAGGUCACGGAAAUUGAGGGUUCGUCGCUAACAAAACUUUCAGAAUAACUUAAACACUUUUUUUAGGGGACUGAAAACCAGAAGUGCUCCCAUAGAAUAAUCUGCUCUCACAUUUUACAACUAACUCCUAAAUCGUGGGUUAUGGAAAACAUCUAGGUCUUCCAAACGGUUACUGAGGUCAAAAGAGUAUGAAGCUUGCAUUAGUAAGAUCGUAACUAUGCUAAAAAAUUUACAGUCUAAAUUUACAAUGUUGCGAAACCUCGAGGAAUUCUAGAAGAUCUUAUGUUAUUUGUACUAUUUGUUGCUUUUGCUUAUCACGAUUGGCCCUGAAGAGCCAUUUUGGGAAAAUGGUCAAAUAAGAAAUUAUUGAUCAAAUAUUCUCAAACUGUGACUUAAGAGCCUUAAGGGGGCGCCGACGAACCUACUCAAACUUACAACGAAUAUCUCAGCUUAAAAUGAAAACCCUUUUAUUGAAAUUAUUGUCAGAUCAAUGUCAGUAUCUACGCAACUGCGCCCCCUACCCCUACCCUAACCAAACAACUAUCAACUGAUAACAAGUCAGGGCUAAUUUUGGGUCAGGGGAGGGGAGGUGCGUAGCUAUUCAGAUACUGACAUUGAUCCGAGCUGUCAUCGUUUGAUUUUUAGGAGGAGAUACGUAAACUUUAUGGUCAGCUUCAACAGAUGAAAACCGCCAACAUGGAGGCUGGGAACAGGCAUCUGGGUCGUUCUUCAUCCCUUCUGUUUGGCGGAUCCACUCCAUCACUCUUGAGCUCAACACCUAACAACAACGGAAGCAUGGCUUGUUUGGUGAGCUCUGUAAGAGAGAAACGACCGCAAAGACACUCGCCAGCGGCUGAACUUACGAGCGACUUUGUUUGA